CACACAAGUAAGUAGACCAGUGAAGGACUGCCUGUCUUCUUUCUUUCUUUCUGAAACUUGGAGAAGAAGAAUGCCUUGCACACGCUCAAAGAGUGCAGCAGCCCAGCUUCCAUCCACCAGGAUGAGUCUGAGAAACUUCCGCAGCGUCCCCCUGGUUACCAUGGAGACGUCGUCGUCUUCCUCCGACGAUAGCUGUGACAGUUUUGGCUCCGACGGAGGCUUUACAAACACGAGGAGCAGCUCCAGACUAUUGAGGAAAACGCUUGAUAAGAAGAAGGCCCUGGAGGUCGCUGUGGAAGAGGAUGCACGCACAGGCUUUGAGGAGGAGAUCAUCAACAAUCAAAUGAAAACAAUGAAAGUAGAUUGCGAGCCUGUGAGACGUGGCCGCAAGCCCAACAUUUUGAAGGUGGCCAUGGCUUUCCCGACCCGAAAGGCGGCCUCUAAAAGGCCUGUGUCUGAGCCCCUCGCUCAACCUCAAGUACUGGACUCUGAUGAAGAGGAGGAGAACUUCAUUGCCAAGAGAGCCUUGAAUAUUAAAGAGAACAAAGAAAUGCUUGCAAAGCUAAUGGCAGAGCUCAACAAAGCGCCAGGACUCUUCCCCAAACAAACAACGUCUGCAUCCACAACGAACCGACGUGCACGUCGGUGCUCCACGUCGGCAAUUUUGAGGCGGAGCUCAGAGCGUCUGUCCCGUCCCCACACUCGUUCCCGCACGCUCACCGACGGCCCGCCCAGCCCGACACCGGAGGAGGAGCAGCCGGAGGACCGAUUCAGCCUGGUCCGACGAAGCCGUUACUAUGAGGAGGUGGACGAGCCGGUUCGCCGCCGCUCAUGCAAUGGCAACAAGGCUCUCCCUCACGUGGUGCGGCCCGUGGAGGAGGUGACUGAAUACGAGCUGGAGCAUAUUUGCUACAACGUGAGGGAGAAGGUUUACCACAGCGUCAAUGGAAGUACCUGCCAUCAAUGCCGUCAGAAAACCACUGACACCAAAACCAACUGCCGAAAUCCAGACUGCGUGGGCGUCAGGGGUCAAUUUUGCGGCCCGUGCCUUCGCAACCGCUACGGGGAGGACGUGCGAGAUGCUCUUCUGGACGCGGAGUGGCGCUGCCCGCCAUGCCGCGGGAUUUGCAACUGCAGCUUCUGCCGAGCACGAGAAGGCCGCGGUCCCACUGGCGUGCUGGUCUACUUGGCCAAAUAUCACGGCUUCGACAACGUCGACGCCUACCUGAGAAGCUUGAGGAAGGAGCUAGAAGGGAUAAGCGAGUGAUUACGGCCACAACGACAAACUCCGGCUGGCAGUGAAUGACCACGUAUCAGCGCCACUGACGUAAAUAGACGCCUAAUCCAUUUGAACUGGGAGUCUAUUGCUGUCAAUGGCAGUGAGAGACUUCCAAUGACAAACCUGGCUAGUCCAGGGGUCGGCAAACUUUUAACGCUCAUAGAACCAUUUUGACCCAGUCCACACAAAAAUGACAACACUGGGUGUCGCACGCACACAUUGACAUUUGAAAUGAUUGCGUCAGCUCAACUGUAAUAUUAUUAAUAUAUAUAUAUCUAUACACAGUAUGUGUGGAUGUACAGUAUACAUAUUAUGUGGUGCAAAUUAUACCUAACAAAUGAGUCUAGCCUCUGUUCAGUAAGCAGAAUAGUUGCUCAGUUUUUACACUUUUCACAAGUAAAGUCAUGGUUGUCACUCAGGCGCAAGACUUGUGGGUUGAAGGUAAAGUCAUGGUUGAAACUUGGAAGGUCUACCGACAAAUCUUGUGCCAAAUCGGACUUCUAGUAGUAACCAUGACUUUACAUAGUUUGCUCAUGAUUUCACCAACUAUGUAAAGUUAUGGUUUACAUAGUUGGUGAAUUCAUGAGCAAACUAUGUAAAGUCAUGAUUACUACGACUUCUAGUAGUCGGGUGGUUACUUCUAGUAGUAACCAUGACUUUACAUGGUUGGUGAAGUCUGACUUCUAUUAGUAACCAUGACUUUUACUACUAGAAGUUGUAGUAACCAUGACUUUACAUAGUUGGUGAAUUCAUGAGUGAACUAUGUAAGGUCAUGGUUACUACUAGAGGUGGGAAUCUUUGGGCACCUAAUGAUUCGAUUACGAUUCAGAGGCUCCGAUUCGAUUAUAAAUCGAUUAUUGAUUUUACCCCCGCCCCCCGCGCUUUUAAUGUGUUGUACAUUCGUUCCAAAAUUGUUCAAAAAUCCUCUCAGGCUAAACCAAAGUAAUAUUUCAUUAUCAAGUUAACAGUUAAAAACAGUAAAUAAAAUACUCAAGUCUCCAUUCUGUAUCAGCAGCUUUAAACUACAUUUAAUGAUGUGAAUCAACUGUUAAAGUUGUUAAAAUUGUUAUUCCAUAAUUUCCCUUCUGUCUCCUUUCGACAUGUCAAAGUUUUAAAGCUGUUUCUUCCUUUAAAGAUAGAUUCAAGUCAAGAUUUUGCCGAUCUAGGAGUAUUUUAGCUAAAACGUUAUUUAGGUUUGCUACAACAGAGCCUUCUAGAGAAGUCUACUGCUUUAAGAUGGCGGCUGUUUACAACGCGGCAACUAUUAAACUGCAAGUCUGUCAUUUCGCAUCUAUAGUUCUACAUAUAUGUGUUAUCUAUUAUAGCCGUAUGUGUCCGCAUGUUUGUAGCAACUAGCAACUGGGCGUUGUUUGAAGCAGCUGUCGGCCGCAGUCAGGUAUUAUUGUUUUUUUAUCUAGCGGCAUCAGUUGUACAUGAUAUUUACUCUCGGUUCGUUCCUCAUUGCGCCCCGAAGACCGCGCUGACUGUGUUUUAGUUCUGCUUUACCUGGUAUAAUUCAAUAUUCGGAAUUUGGAUGUUUGUGAAUCGUUCUUGAAUCUUCCACGGCCGAAUCGCAAAUAAUUUAAGAAUUGGAAAUUUUGCACGCCUCUAGUUACUACUAGAAGCCAGACUUCAUCAACUAUGUAAACUCGUAGUAACCAUGACUUUGUAUAGUUCCCUCAUGGAUUCAAGUAUGUAAAGUCAUGGUUACGUAGUAACCACGACUUUAUAUAGUUGGUGACGUUUGACUUCUAGUCGUAACCACGACUUUACAUAGUUCACUUGUUACUACGACUUACUAGUAGUAACCAUGACUUCUUAGUAGUAACCAUGACUUUACAUAGUUGGUGAAUUCAUGAGUUCAUCGCGCCAUGACUGCAUGUUCCAUGGAGCCAGUCUUUAUGAUUUGGAUUAUGUCUACGCGCAAUGUUGGGGAAUUCAUGAGUAAACUAUGUAAAGUCAUGGUUACAGCUAGAAGUCAGACUUGGCGCAAGUAACCAGGACUUUACAUAGUUGGUGAAUUCAUGUAAUUCAUGUAAAGUCAUGGUUACAUAGUUCACUCAUGAAUUCACCAACUAUGUAAAGUCUAUGUAAAGUCAUGGUUACUACCAAAAGUACCCACAAGUCUUAGCGCCUGUUAAUGGCCAAACUAACAAAACGGCAAGCCUGGCUUGAUAUGUCAACUAUAGGGAAAUUAAUCUUCACAUCUCACAAGCGUCACAAUAAAUUGACCCGCAUUCGCGUGUUGCCGACUCCUGGUCUUGUCACUGUUAUAAGGCAUUAAAAAAAGUGUGUAUAUUUUCAUAAGCCUAUAUAAAUUUGGUAUGUAUUUUCUUAUGUUCGAACUGCUGUGGAUGGGGGCAGGGUGUCCACUUAUCGCUACUUGGUGAUCGUGAGAAGCACUGUGUGAUGUACUGUAGAGCUCAGGUCUCCUUCAUUAGAUAACUGUCGCUAAUGGCGUGGAAACAAUUAGUGCGCUCUAAUGAGAGUCUUGUACCUGUAAAUCAUUUCAUCUUGCGCUCUGGCUCAUUUUGUGCUCACCCUUGUGAUUCUGCAUACAAAAUGACUGGAAUUGGACCAGGUCAUUUCUGGGUUCAUUCCACUGAGUGUACUGUACUUAACUGUACUUUUUUUUUUUUUUUUCUUGUUUCUGUAUUCAUACAAUUUUUCAUCAUGCAGGAAAACAAAAGUAUCACUAUCGCUCUGACUGGAAUUAUUGGAGAUAAAUUGUUUACAUUCUGUUUACGGGCGUAAUGGUACCAUUCAUAAGCCAUUAUGUCAAUAUUUUGUGGGUAUUAAGUCUGUACACCCCUGCUCAAAUGUCAGGUUUUUGUGGAGUUAAUUAAAAAAAA